GAAGGUUAUAGGCCAAGCCUCAAGGUCUAUGUCCCGCACCGCUUGGGGAUACGAGGUUGGCGACUGCGUUGCCAGGCCGUCGAAUAUAUCUAUGCUUCAUCGCCAAUUGCUUUUCUUGUGGAAAACAUUGGGGAACUGGCUCUAUUGAUACGUUCAACAGCGGAGCUGUGAAAUCAUUGUUCGACUAUCUCACUGGACAUUCUGAGUCAACUGUCCUCCAGGCACCAUGAGCUCCUUUCAGCUCUUCCCUACGUCUCCGGAGAAUGGGACCUCCAACAACCCGUUCUUGAAAGGAAAGAGAUGGCAAGCCGGUAGUCGACCGGCAGCAGAUUCAAUCCCUCUCAAGAACCUCAGCAGCAAGAGUACCGUGACGGAGGGGAUGCUCUUUCGUGUUGACGAAAACGCAGACAGCGUCCAAUCACCCCCAAAAGCACACAUUGCUAGACCAGCACAAUUCUCGCCAGUAGGGAGAUCACAGAUGCAGCACACACACCGGACCGCUUCACCUGGUAAUUCCACUAUACCAGAAGACCGUCCCACAGGUACGGCGCGGUCUCCAUCAAGCUCGAAACGCAGCAAAGAAGUGUCCACGCCCAUCUCGUACGCGAGCCCUCCAAAAACAGAUUCACCUGCACCGCCGAUGAAGUCCAUGUUCCCCCAAUACAAUCAUCAGCUACCGCUCAACCAGCAAGCAUACUAUCCUCAGGCAUCAGGUCAUACCCCUCGCAAUUACUCAAGACCGAGCAACAUUAUGCUAUCACCUGCACCAGAGAUUGAUCAAGCUCUUGGACCAAAGACUGUGCCUGCGAGUGUACUGAACUUUCCCACCGGAGUGCUAGAUAUACCGGAGAUGCGAUACUCUUCUGCCACAGACCUGAGGAGCCUGUGGGAAGCGGCUAACGGUCAAAGACCACAGAACAUGCCCGACACCUUCAAUCUACGUCUACAACGGAGUGGCCCAACGAUAUUCUCUUUCGGAGAUGCUACCUCACCGUUUUAUACGAUGCAGAUUGAGCAAACCGACGGAAUCUCUCUGACGAGGGUCAACCCAUCGAAGCCCAACAACAAUGUUCCUAUAAUGACAUUAAAAGUGGAGGAUCGGUCCCGGCGAGAGCUACGAGGGGACAAUUUGGUCUCUCUUUUGCUUCCCCGCUUGGCCGCAGUUCUAGCCCUGGACCAGGUUGCGGAGAUGGUAAAGGAGCAUCAGUUGCCACACCAAGACGCUAUUGAGCUGGAGGCCGAGGCCCUCAAGCGCGCAGCAGACCAGGAGUCCUGUAAGCUGUUUUGGAAUUCAGCGAAGCACAAUUACGAGUUACACCACCCGGCUCUCUGCAAGCAGCCCCCCGCACUAGUCGGAGCGGCAGGCAUUCCUCUUUCACCGGUGCGAUCGAGGUACUCCGGAAUUCUCCAGAUCACGGUGUCCAGUGCCUCCGCAGAGUCGCGGUACAGCCAACCGCCGAUCAUAUUAGCAACCACGCCUCUGUCUGCGAAUGUGUUAGAGUCAGCCAACACGGCGGCAACUCCCCGAACGUCUACACUUCCCUUGAUGGACUCGGACGAGCCGCUGGCCGCCUUGGACCUCGGAACUAUGACCCUGUCAAUCUCUGCUACGUCAAUCAUAAACACGGUGCCGUCUCUGUAUGCGAUUGAUUCACUUGUCGCGGCGAUGCUGGCCGUCGCUGUGUCGGAUGAGUCGACUGGUCCGAUCCUGAAGGAGCUUGUUUUGUACGGAUCUGACAGGUCAACCACUCCAUGGGGGCAGUACAGCGCAGGUCACCGCGGAGACCUGGUUGUAACCGCCGCUGAGCGGGAAGAGGCGCAGAAAGGCAACCAGCUGUGGUCGGCCGUGAAAUCGGCUCUAACCGUCUCCGAGAAGGACGACACCAAGCAGUGGUACCAAUUCUGGAGGCGCAACAAAGUAAAGAAACCAAAGAAUCGGAAAAUCGUGGUUGAGGAAUUCGACAUGGAGAGAUACGGGCGGUACGGGCAGGGCUCCUCAAGGGAGGGGCAAAAGCUGCCGGGGAUCACGCGAAUCAUUCUGAGGAUUGUGUUUUUUGGUCUAGAUGUGGUUGUGCAAAUGCUGACAAUGAUAGUCAAGGUAUUUGCCUGGCUGUUGGUGAACGCCACUCGCUGUGUCACAAGCGAGCGGUUCUGAUUUCUUAUGAUUCCCACGCUUUGACUCUGAUGUUGAUAUUCCAUUUGAACAAUUUUUUAAAUGACU